AUGGUUGUCUCUGCGGAAGUAAUUCGAAAAGAUGCCGUGUUUCACGUGGCUUGGAUUCUUGGUACCGGCGACUCGAAAAAGCUGUCACGAAGAGAGAUUUUGGACCAAAAUCUCCCGGAACUGUGUCAUUCAAUCAUUGAAAUGGUUCCCGAACGGCACAGGGGCUCAGCAACAAAAACUGGACUUUAUUUGCUAUCCCUGCUCACAUAUGGAACAGUUUUGAUCCAUCAAGUUCAGGUUGAUUUCUUGAAACGAGACGUCGAGAAGCUCAAAGAGCUCAUGAAGAAGAAAAGUUUCAUUUUGCUGAUGGCUGAAAGGUUCGACAGAAACCAAGAGUUGCAGAGAAAAGAAGAUAAAUUCGCAAGACUGAGAUCUAAGCCUAUUAUGUGCGUCGAGGAGUUGGAUCGGGUUGAUUUGGCUCAUUUACAAGCAAUUGGCGACGAAUUGGGAAUCAAUGGAAAUCCAGGAGACUUUAUAAUGAUGGAUGCGUUGCCCAACAUGAAUCAGUGGAUUGACAAUAAUUCAGAAUUGAAUGCGAUCUAUGGAUGUGUUGAGCCUUACCUGAGAGAAAAAGAAAUCACCAUGCACUCCACGUUUGUCGAGGGUAACGGUUCAAAUGAGCACAACAAGGAACGACGAAAUGACGCGGUAAUUGCCGACUUCAGCCAACUUUUGUUCCCUGAGAUCCCUGAAAUCACACUUGGCGAGAAAUUUCCGAUAGAUGUCGAUUCCAGAAAACGAUCUGCUAUCCUCCAGGAAGAGCAAGAAGAGGCUCUUCAGCUCCCCAAAGAAGCUUCUGAAAUUGUGCAAGAAGAGCCUACAAAAUUUGUCUCUAUUGCUCUGCUCCCGAGUGAAACCGUGGAACAACCAGCACCCCAGGAGCCUAUUCAAGAGCCCAUUCAACCAAUUAUCGAGGAGCCCGCGCCACAGCUUGAGCUUCCACAGCCAGAGCUUCCACCACAACUAGAUGCAAUUGAUCUUGUCACCAUUCCAGCGAGUCAGCAGGAUAUGGUUGUUGAAUAUCUUCAAUUGAUCAACGAUUUACCCGAUGACGAGAACAGCCGACUGCCACCAUUGCCGAAAGAUUUAGAAUUGUUUGAAGAUGUAAUUCUACCACCUCCAGCAAAGAAAUCAAAAGUCGAAGAGGAAGAAGACGCGUUGGAAAGAGCACGAAGAAGACCAUCAUCGCGUCCAGUAACUCCGAUUAAUCAAACCGAUUUGACAGAUCUUCAUUCAACUGUGCGACCGGAAGAUCCGAGUUUCGCAAUAGACUCCCAAAUUCAUGAUGUUCUACCUCAACGGAAAAAAUCGAAACGCAAUCUGCCGAUCAUCCACAGCGAUGAUCUGGAAAUCGACGAAGCUGUGCAAAAAGUGUUACAAGCCGAUUAUUCCUCACUGGUUCGUAAGAAGGAGGAUGUAAUAGCAAAGAUUCCACCAAAAACGGAUGCAGUCGCGGUGCUCAUGAACUUACCAGAACCAGUUUUCAGUAUCGGAUAUCGUCUUCCUCCAGAGGUUCGGGAUAUGUUCAAAGCUUGUUAUAAUCAAGCUGUUGGAAGUCCAGUGAGCGAUGAUGAAGAGGAUGAAGAUGAGGAAGAAGAGGAAGAAUAUAAAUAUGCAAAAGUUUGUCUUCUGUCUCCAAAUCGCAUCGUUGAGGAUACUCUACUUCUAGAAGAGCAACCUCGUCAACCUGAAGAAUUUCCAUCUACGGAUAAUAUCAACCCGCCAAGACAGCUACAGGAGAAUCCAGUUUUUGAGAAUUUGGAAUAUGAAGCGCCCCCGCAUCCAAUAAGAACUGCUCGUACGCCCACGCCGAUCAAAGAUUUGAAAUAUUCAGUUAUUAGUCUGUUCCCAACUCCAGAGAAACGCCGGGAGACGAGCAUCAUUGCUGAACUGAAUUUGGAUCCUAUUCCAGUUGAAGAAAUUGAUCCACUUUUGACGAUGAGAACCGAAGAAGAACUUGAAAAUGUUCGACGCCGUCAAAAAAGCAGUUUAGGGGUUCAAUUUAUGAGAACUGACGAUCUGGAAGAGGAUACUCGCCGUAAUCGACUAUUCGAGGAUGAAGAACGGACUCGAGAUGCUAGAGAAGAUGAACUAUUCUUCUAUUCAUCUGGAAGUCUCCUUCCCAAUAAUCGGCUCAACAUCCACAAGGAAUUGCUCAACGAAGCAGAAGCAAGAUAUCCAGAAUGGGUGAAUUUCAAUGAAUUCACUGCGGAUCACGAUCGUAAAAAGGCAGCAACCGCCUUUGAGGGCCUUCUUUUGAGUCUCAAGAAUAUGAAGGUUGAAGCGAAGCAAGAAGAUCCUUAUUUUCCAAUUCUAGUACGUCACAUCAGCCACGAAGAAAUGUGAAGCUGCUAAUAUAAUUGAUACUGUAUCAUUUCCCAAUUUUUCAUAGCUUCCAUUGUUUUGUUGUAUUUUAUUGCUUUGCCUUGUUCGUUAAUCUUUAAAACUGAAAACUACUGUACCAU